GAUAAAAGGAAUAUCCUGUUCUGGAAAGGUUUAACACUUGUCAUUUAAUCCUGGAACCUCUCCCUCUGUGGCCACAACUUUCCAGAGAAGCGCACAUCUCACAAGGCUGAGGUACUUGCCAAGAUGUUGCAUUUGCAAAGUCCACAGAAGCUGCAGCUGCUGGAGAAAUCUUUGAGGAUGGCCCUCCCCGAGUCCCUAAAGGUUUAUGGGACUGUCUUCCACAUGAACAAGGGAAAUCCAUUCAAGCUUAAGGCCCUGGUGGACUCAUGGCCUGAUUUUAAUACUGUGGUUAUUCGUCCUCAGGAGCAGGAAAUGACUGACGACCUCGAUCACUACACCAACACUUACCUAAUCUACUCCAAGGAUCCUGACCAAAGCCAGGAAUUCCUGGGCUCCCCCGCAGUCAUCAACUGGAAACAGCAUCUGCAGAUUCAAAGUUCACAGUCCAGCCUGAAUGGAGUGAUACAAAAUCUUGUAGACGUCAAUUUAAGCAAGGUGGAACACACACAGUGCAACCUCUACAUGACAUUUGACACGGCAAAGAAACUGCUCCCUUCUCUGGUGGAUGUAAAGAACUUAGAGCUCAAAGGAGAUGAAGCCAAGUCCCUCAACCAAGAGAUGUUUAAGCGCUCAUCCCUGGACGUUGCCCAUGCUGCUCUGGUGAACCAACUGUGGUAUUUCGGUGGCACUGAGAGAAGCCAGAGAUUCAUUGAGCGCUGUAUCCGGACCUUUCCCAGCUUCUGUCUGCUGGGGCCGGAGGGGACCCCCGUGUCCUGGGCCCUGAUGGACCACACUGGAGAGCUGCGAAUGGGAGCUACUGUGCCUGAGUACCGGGGCCAGGCGCUCAUUUAUCAUACUGGCCUCUACCAGAUCCAGACGCUGAGCAAACGCGGCUUCCCUCUCUAUGCUCAUACUGCUAGGACCAACUACAUUAUUCAAAGAGUGACUGUCAAGCUGCACCAUGUCCCCAUGCCCUGCGACUGGAACCAGUGGAACUGUGUGCCAGUGUAAAGCCGGCAGAGCACAGAACACGCGGAGUGCCUGUGCAGGUGGCUGGAGAAGGGGGUGUGGAAAUACAGAGAAAAAUACAUCAUAAUGGAGUGGACCUGGGGCUCUAGGAUGGAGAAAUGUGUGGCCACAUCUCAGGCUGAGUCCUAGCUCUCAAGUCACUCAUGAGCUCCCUUUGUUUCUGGCAUGUGGAGUGGGCCAGGCACCCCAGCUCCCAGGUGGACACAGCUCCUCACCCAGGACCUCUGGUGUGUGUGAAUCCGCGGCCUGCUUUCUCCUUUGCUCUCCUACCUCAUUCAAGCUUGCCUAUUUGCUGGGACUGGGGUUCUUUGAUUCUCCCCUCUGGCCUUCUACAGCUUUGCUUUUGUUGGCUGGAGAGAGGUCUGUCUUCGCAGUAAGUCUUUACAAGAUCAGCCUUUCCCAGGUUACUUCCUAGACUUUGUAGAAAUUGUUAAAAAACAACUGGUAAUAUUUUUGCCAGUAGCAUCAAUAUGUUUUUCAAUAAGUUAUGUUUUGCUACUAAUGACCAGAAAAGGGAAUUCACCACUGCUUUUUAAGGCUAUUAUGGUUUGUGUCUAGAUGUCACCCCGAAGCCUCAUGCAGUCAGGGGGGCAGGUUCUAGAGUUUGUAAUUGAUUCCUGGCCCAUUGCUGAGAUUAUGGGUGGGAGUGCUAGACCUGCCCUAGGCAGGUAACCCGCAUACAAUAUAAGGGAGGGAAAGAGGCUUGGUUUCUUGUUCCUCCCUUUUUGCUCUUGUUGCUUUUGCU